UAUAAUCAAUCAAGAUAGGAGUACUUUUAUUAAGAUGAAAGCUUCUUCCACUUGUUCUUCUCAAUUUUUGGCUCUCUUCUUGGCACUAGCAUUAACUGCACUAGUUCUUGUUUCUUCUUGGAUUCAUUCUCCAAAUUUUUCAUCAUUUCUAGGUUCUUGGAGUUGGAAGGCAAAACAACCAACUUCUUUGGAUAUAGAAAUAGAUAGAGCUUCAACAAAUGAAGGAGAACCUCCAUCAUCAAGUGCAUUUCCAUUACAAACUUUUGCUCCAUAUGAUUCUCAUGAUGGUGAAAAGCUUGACACAAACUUUAAGCAUAAAGGUACAGACAAAGUGAAUGUUAGGGAUCAUAAAUACAGCAAGUUGGAAAAAAUUGAAUCAAAAUUGGCUAAAGCAAGGUAUUCCAUCAAAGAAGCUAGCAAAGUUCAAAAUUUAACAUCAACCCACCAAGACCAAGAUUAUGUUCCUCAAGGACCAAUUUACAGAAACCCCAAUGCUUUUCAUAGGAGUUAUCUAGAGAUGGAGAAGGUGUUCAAGAUUUUUGUGUAUGAGGAGGGGGAACCACCACUGUUUCAUAAUGGUUUAAGCAAAGAUAUAUACUCAACAGAAGGAAUAUUCAUAAAUGAAAUGGAAAAGGGAAGGUACUAUCGCACUAAUGAUCCAAAUGAAGCUUUUGUGUAUUUUCUACCUUUCAGUGUGGUUAUGAUGGUUGAAUAUCUCUACGUGGGUGGAUCCAAUGAUAAAACUCCCAUUGGUGUUACUGUGAAAGACUACAUCCAUGUUAUAUCUCAUAAAUAUCCCUUCUGGAAUCAGUCCUUAGGCCAUGAUCAUUUCAUGCUCUCUUGCCACGAUUGGGGUCCAGAUGCAUCUGCUUACGAGGACAACUUGUUCAACAAUUCAAUAAGGGUUCUUUGCAAUGCAAAUACAUCUGAAGGAUUCAAGCCAGCAAAGGAUGCAUCAUUCCCUGAAAUGUUUCUCAAGAAAGGAGAAAUCACAAAUCUUGUAGGAGGGUACUCUCCAUCUCGUAGGACAAUCCUUGCUUUCUUUGCAGGUCACUUGCAUGGUUACAUACGAUAUCUACUCCUCGAUACAUGGAAAAACAAAGACCAAGAUGUGCAAGUCUAUGAAGAACUCCCUGAUGAAGAUUCUUACCACACAAAGCUUAGAAGCAGCAAGUUUUGUUUGUGUCCAAGUGGUUAUGAAGUAGCAAGUCCAAGAAUAGUGGAAGCUAUAUUUGCAGAAUGUGUGCCUGUAUUGAUUUCUGAUAGCUAUGUUCCACCCUUUAGUGAUGUUUUGAAUUGGAAAGCGUUUUCAGUUCAAAUAGAUGUGAAGGAUAUUCCUAAUAUAAAAAAUAUACUCAUGGGGAUUUCACAGAGGCAGUACUUGAAGAUGCAGAGGAGAGUGAAACAAGUGCAAAGACAUUUUGUUCCUAAUGAGCCACCAAAGAGGUUUGAUGUAUUUCAUAUGACUAUUCAUUCCAUUUGGCUCAGAAGGUUGAACGUCCGUAUUCAUGAUGAUCAGUGAUAGCAGAUCCUCAAGAUUAACAGAUUUUGUAGGUAUAGAAAAAUGUUUCUUUCUUAUACAUUUGUGAAAACCCAAGGAAAUUAGAGAUUUACUUAGUAUUA